AUGGUAAUGGUAGGAUUUAUGGUAAUGGAGAUAGAUAUAGACCAAGAAGAAACGUACGAAAAGCUUAGCCUUCAUCCAAAUCGACCAAGACUUGUACGAUUUCAAAAUUGUGAUACGGUUGAUUAUUCAGGUGUCAAUUUAUACGACUCACCAAAAUUCCAUUUGGUAUUUGAUCUUGGAACAAACAUUCAUAUUCAUAAUUUCGAAAUUCACGCUACUUACAUUGGAGAAACUGAUGGGAUUGAUGUUUCUGGUUCAAAUAUAUACGUACACGAUGUCGUGGUGGAAAAUGGCGAUGAAUGCGUGACUGCCAAAAGCCCAAUCAAUGGACUAAAAGUCAGAAACAUACAGUGUAUCGGUACCACCGGAUGUGCAAUCGGAAGCAUGGGUGCUACUGCUAAAGAUUACCGAAUUGAAAAUAUUGAUUACCGGGAUGUCACAGUAAGCAACGGAGCCAAUGGGAUGACCAUCAAGAGUUAUCCCGGAGCUAGCGGGAUCAUUAGGAAUGUAACGUACUCAGCAUUCAAGUUGACCAACGUGGCCUACCCUAUCAGAUUGGAUUACAUGUGGGGUGCGACCCUUCAUAAGAAGAAGCGACGAGAUUCUGCGGAAGGAAUUCAAAGGUGGAGUGGUUUGACUUUCAAUGAGUUCUCUGGCACAGGUACCAGUAGUAGGGCACUUGUGACCCUCAACUGUCCCAGAGGUUCUCCAUGUAUCGGUCUAAAGUUCAAUAAUAUCCACCUUACCGGAUCUACCAAACCAACAGUCGUUUCAAAUGCAUGCGGGAAAGUAGAUUCAAAAAGCCGUAAGAAUAUACCAAACCUACCUACUUGCUCAAAUAAAAAAUAG